CAGUGGAGGAGGUGGUAAUUGUAGCUGGCAGUAAGCUGUGGCAGUAAGUCAGUGAGUAACAAACACACACUUACAGUCACUUCACCAUCUGACCUUCACAGACACGCGACAUGUCUGGACCCAGACCGGUAGUUUUGAGUGGCCCGUCAGGAGCUGGGAAAAGCACCCUGUUGAAGAGACUCAUGAAAGAAUAUGAAGGGGUUUUUGGUUUCAGCGUCUCUCACACCACCAGAAAUCCUCGGCCGGGAGAGGAAGAUGGAAAAGAUUACCACUUUGUCACCAAAGAGAAGAUGCAAGAAGGAAUUGACAAGGACGAGUUCAUUGAGAAUGCAGAGUUUUCAGGAAAUAUGUAUGGAACCAGCAAAUCAUCCAUUGAGGAUGUCCAGGCACAAAACCUCAUCUGCAUCUUGGAUGUUGACAUACAAGGAGUGAAAAACAUCAAGAAGACCGAUCUGAACCCCAUAUACAUCUCCAUCCAACCACCUUCAAUGGAGAUCCUGGAAAAGCGUCUGAGGGACAGACAAACGGAGACAGAGGAUAGUCUACAGAAGCGACUGGAAGCAGCGAGGAUUGACAUGGAGCUCAGUAAGGAACCUGGAGUAUUUGAUAUUGUAAUCGUUAAUGAUGACCUGGAAGAAGCCUAUGAGAAACUCAAAAGUGUUCUUAUUGAGGAAAUUGAGAAGGUUCAAGAUGCCCAGAAAUAGAAAUAAAUGGCACUUUUUAUUUUUCUGCACGAUUACAGAAGACAUGAAGCCUUUUUUCCAGCCUUGGAUGGUGCAAUUAUAGUGUUGGCUCUCAUGUCAAACUUGAAAACGCUUUAACGGUUAACCAAGACAAGUGUUAUAUUCAUAAGAAUGUGAUAUAGAUCUUUUCUCUGACUGUGGGACAAAAUCUAUGUGCAUUUUAACUUAUUUCACGCACAGUAAGGACUUGUCUCUUUAACCUCUUUCAGGAGCAUAUUUGCACCUUGAAUAUUGAAGUGGGGAAACUGUGUGGUAUCCUGAUUAAACUAUAGUUUGUGUGUUAAUUCUAUAAUACAAAUAUGAUUCUUUUCAAUAUUUGUGAUCCUUAUAGACAGCAUGUUUAAAUCCCACAUAGUCAAAGGGUUUAAAUUUAUUUAAGAGAAUGAUUAGUUUGCACAUUCAUGUUUGUAAAUUCGUUGGACAAAGAAGUUUCUGGUCUAGCUGAAAUAAAAUGAAAAUAAAACCACAAUAAAGCAUU